AUGAAUAAUGCAGAAAACAGUAAAGAAAUACAGGCAGAUUUUCCGGACAAUAACUUCGAAGAAACACAAGAGAAAAUAAGACCUCUAGAGAAGGUAAAACUUUAUCCAAAAGCACCAAUAGAACCUUCAGCUUAUGGAAAGGGUAAAAAUUAUAGCCGCCCUUGGAUACUUCAAGAUGGUCGUAAAAUUUACAUGCAAGGCAGUGAAAUGCGCGACUGUUAUCAAAUACCUAAGAAACCAAACUUCGGUGAAGGUAUACGAAAACGAAUGCUGACAAAUUUUUUUUGGGAGCAAAUGCUAGAUGAGGUUAUUGAGGAAUUAGCUACCUCGCAACCUACAAGUGAAUUUUGCACCGAAUACGAUACGCAUUAUGUGAAAGAUCAGUUUGAACCACGCAGCUUAGAGGUGACUGCCGAUAAAAAUAUGCACUUAAAAUAUCCAUUGUAUGGAACGGGUUCCAGUGCGGUCACUUUUUACAGUGAAACGAUUAAAAAGAUCGGUCCCGGUGAAAUAUUGGAAAAAUUUAGAAGGUGUCAAUACUUUACUAAGCCCAUGGAAGAACGUUUGGACGAUGGCUGGGUUUUGUAA